AGCUCCAGUGUGAGCAAGCUCCAGUCUCAGCUGGCCUUCCUGCUGUUCUGCUGCCAUGGCUGAAUCUCCUCUUAACCACUCCUGGCCAUCAUUCUCCAAACUCUGGAUGAAGAGAUGGUCGUUUAAAAGAGCGUCAGAGUGCAAGCCAUGCAGUCAAACCUGUGCUUCUCCAGGUAGUCAACUCGGUGUCCAACCUCCCAGUGGGACAGGGUCGUCUUCCUCACUGUCCCCUGCCUCCAUACCUGAGGAUGUCUUCUUUGGUACCAACAAUGAAGACCAGGAUGCGUGUUCAGUAGUCAGUGACUAUGACUGCCCCUUUGCAGAAGAGAACGACAACGUAGAGGAUCUACUGGGCCUCAGCUCUUCCCUCAAAGACUCGGAGUACUUUAAAGACCUGGAGGGCGGGAUACCUGCUCCACAGUCUACUGCAUCUACAAUAACCACAGUCACUCAGGGCAAAAACCUCACUGUUGGGCAACGGGCUUCUCUAAACACAGACAGUACUGCCAUCAACCAAACUCUACAAACUCUUUUGACCACACACGCUCCUCAGGACAAUGUAUCUCCCCUGUAUUCGGCACACCCUGUGGAGGAACCUUAUCACAACUUUGUGGUCUCACAGCUAAGUCCUAAAUUAUUAACAGGUUGUAUCGUUGACAGCGGUAACUCCUCAGGCCCUGCAGUGGGACUUAGCUUGACCAUAAAUCUGAAUGGACUAUUUGGAUCAAUGGAAACAGAAAAAGGAAUAACGGAAUCAGAAGUAAUGAAAGACAAAGCCACUAUGGAUUUAGAGGGAGAGCCAGACCUGGACAGCUUUCCUAUACUGGUCCGAUCCAUGUCAACAUCUCGGAGGCACAGCUGGGGUGUCCCUAUGUCCCCGAUUAACCUGGGGAGAAGACUGAGUCUGGACACCAUGAACAUUGACAGUGAUGGAGAGAGAGAGGAUGAUGAAGAGAGACACAAAUAUCUCAUCCAGCCCAGCCAGCAGGAGACCUACAGCUGCACAGCAUGUCCUGGAGAUGAGACGGAUAGUCCCAGACUGAGGGUCUCCUGUCACAGACCCAGGGCAAGUGGUGUGUCUGGCAGGCAUCUGUACUCACGCUCAGAGAUCCUCGCCACAGAUGAAUGUUCCCGUGCUGCACACAUCUCCCGAGUAGUCCAGACCUCCAAACAGGCCGCCAGGGCAGCAGGAGCAGAGGAGUUUGACCCUGAAGAAAACCUGCACUCUACUGAAGGACAAAGCCAUAUGCUGAAGGUACAGAAAGUUCUGCAGGAGCUAAAGCUGUACCAUGGAGCGAAGCAGAGGAACACCAAAGAGUCAGGAAGUGUCACCUGGUACGAGUUUCUUUCUAAUGAGAAUGAAGAGGAGGAGGAUCGAACAGAGAAGGUGGAGAAAGGCACAAAAGUGAAGAGGACUCUCAGCUCUCUGAGGAACAGAAUGACUGGCUCCUUCAAUAAAGAUAAGGGUAAGAACCGAGAAAAAGAGCAGUCAAAAGAAAAAGGGAAGGAUAAGGAGAGAGAGCUCAACGAGAAAGUAUGCAACAGAAGGCGUAGAAGCCAUGAUUUGGUGCCGGGUGCUUUCUCCAGCUGUGCCACCUGCUCACUGUGCAGCAAGACCCUGCAGAAAAAGCAUGGCCUGCAGUGCAUGAAUUGUGCUGUGAACGUUCACAAGAGCUGCAAGUCUCUGCUGGGUGACUGCACCAGCAGCAAGUAUAAGAGAGACUCUUUGCCAAGGGCUGGUUCAUCAGGAUCUCCCAAGCUUGCAUUAAAAGAACGUGACAGAGACCAGGAGCAGUCACAGGCCCUGAAUGGCCACCCAGGUUUUCUCAUCACCCCAGGCAUGACCAUUAGUCAGUGGGGACCUUGCUCUCAGCCGACUGCCACCCAUAACAUCAGCUCCUACGCGGGCCCUUCCUCCAGCUUCGGCCACAGCCUCCGUAACCACAACAACUCAGGAUCCCUCCCCGGGGACAUGGAUGAGACAAAACGCUGCAACGAAGACGCAAUUUCCCUCGCUCCCUCCACCACCGAGUCCAUCAUCGUUGAAGAUGCUCACUAUGCAGCAGUGCGGGCUGAUCUGGAGUGUGAUGCUCAGGACCUGGAAGCAGAGUCAUGGAGUUUGGCAGUCGACCAGCAGUAUAUAAAGAAGCACUCUAAAGAAAUGGUGAAGAGACAGGAUGUGAUAUAUGAGCUGAUGCAAACGGAGAUGCACCAUGUGCGAACGCUGAAGAUAAUGCUGCGUGUCUACUUCCGGGAGUUGAAGGAGAACCUCCAGAUGGACUCGGGGAGGCUGGAGUGUCUGUUUCCCCGCCUGGAAAACCUCCUUGAGCUUCACACACAUUUCCUGUUGCGUCUCAAAGAGCGGCAGCGAGAAAGCCUUGUCUCGCCCAACGAGAGAAACUACGCUAUCAGCCGAGUGGCAGACAUUCUGAUCGCACAGUUCUCAGGUGAAAUAGGGGAAAGGAUGAAGGAUGGCUAUGGAGAUUUCUGCAGUCACCACACAGAGGCUGUCAGCUACUACAAAGAACAGCUACAUAACAACAAGAAGUUCCAAAACAUCAUACGGAGAAUUAACAACCUGCCCAUUGUGCGGAGAUUAGGAGUGACCGAAUGUAUUCUGUUGGUGACACAGCGCAUAACCAAGUACCCAGUACUAGUGGAGCGUAUUCUACACAACACUGAAGCUGGUACGGAGGAGAAUGAGGAUCUGAUCCGGGCGCUGGGUCUAAUUAAAGGCACCAUUGUUCAGGUUGACGCGCUUGUUAAUCUUCACGAGAAGAGUUCUCGACUCCGAGACAUACACAACAAGAUGGAGCCAAAGGCACUGGGAAAAAUCAAAGAUGGCCGAGUGUUUCGCAGGGAGGACCUGGCACAGGGGAGGAGGCGGCUGCUGCAUGAGGGCACAGUCAACUGGAAAGCGGCUUCUGGCAGGCUAAAAGAUAUUCUUGCAGUGCUUCUAUCAGAUGUGUUGCUCUUGCUACAAGAAAAGGAUCAGAGAUAUGUAUUUGCUACAGUUGAUAACAAGCCGUCAGUGAUCUCUCUUCAGAAGCUGAUUGUCAGGGAAGUGGCCCAUGAGGAGAAAGCCAUGUUUCUAAUCUGUGCCUCCUCAAAUGAGCCAGAGAUGUACGAGAUUCACACCACCUCCAAGGAGGAGCGGAACAGUUGGAUGACACAGAUUCGGCAAGCCGUUGAAAGUUGUCCUCACACAGAAGAGAGGCUGUUCAGUGAGCAGGAAGAGGCACGAGCCUUCAGGUUAAAAGAAUUUCAAGAACGUCUGGGCCAAAAGGAUGCAGUGGUUGUUCAGGCUCUUACUGAAAAGCUGCAGCUGUUUGCAGACAUGGCAGAGUCGGUGGCAGGUCCAGAGGACACAGCUUCACGUUCCAGACUUCUGCUUCGAGGAGAUGCCUCAGACCUCCAGCAGGGGGAGACCCUGCUCAAAGGAGCUAUCACUGAGGUGGAGAACCUCCAAAACCUGCUGCAGUCUGGAGUGAGGGAGGAGUCUCCAGUCCCCCGUCUGGAGGAAGUGUGCGGCUCUGGGGUUCUGCCGAGGCGAGCGGAUACAUUUGGGGGCUAUGACAGCAGCCCCACCAUCCUCAGUAAGAAUGGCAGUGUGAAGAAGAACUUCUCUGGUGAGUCCAGAAACAGAGACAGAAGCCAGAGAGCCAGCUCUGACCCUCAGCUCAAAGACCUGUGUGGCAGCCACACCCUGGAGCAGACGGUUGAUGAAAGCUGCUGUUCUCCUGCCAGAUGGAACCGCAUCUGGUCCAACUCCUUCCCUGAGGCUGAGUUCUUUGACAGAGUGCUGAUGCUCUCACAAAGGCUCUAUAGUCUGCAGGCGAUAAUAUCACAGCAGGACAGUCACAUUGAGCUGCAGCGGGCCUCGCUGACUGAGCGUGCCUCCCUGCCAGGCCGCCACAGAGGGAAUGUGCUCCUGGAGCAGGAGAAACAGAGAACUCUGGCCCUGCAGAGAGAAGAGCUGGCCAGCUUCCACAAGCUCCAAUCUCAGCACCGGCAGGAGCAGCAGCGCUGGGAGAGAGAAAGAGAGAGGCACCGCCAGCAAGUGGAGGCCACUGAGGCCAGACUCCGACAGAGGGAGGAGGAGUGCAGGCAGCUAGAGGAUCAUCUGGCUGAAGAGAGGAAGGAGCUGGAGAGUCAGAGGGAAACUUACCAGCAGGACCUGGAGAGGCUGAGGGAGUCCACCAGAGCUGUGGAGAAAGAGAAGGAGCGCCUGGAACACCAGAAAAAGAUCAAGAGGAAGACUAUUGAGGUGGCUCCUCUAUCUGGCAGUCUUAACGGGGAGCUCCUGAUGUCGUCUGGCCUCGCCUCCUCCACCAUCGUCUCAGACCUACCCCUUCCCCAGAAGCCCCUGGUGCGCGCCAGCAUGUCUGUGGCCCCAGCAGACUACCCAGAGCGGCCUGAGGUGAUGUUGCGUCGAGAGACGAGCUCUUCCACCCUGCCACUGAAGACAGAGGUGCCGCUCCAUCUCUUCAGCACCACCAAUCAGCUGCACAAACCUGUGGGGGUGCAGCAGCAGAUACCCACCAAGCUGGCGGCCUUCAGCAGUGGCAAAGGGAAAGGAGGAAAGAUUAGCAAAGUAUCCUAUCGCACUGACAGCACAGCCUCAGUGGAUAUGAAGCAGAUGCUGCCACUAAAGUUGUCCGCCAGAGACGACAGCUCCCUGAAGGCCAAGCGCUCCAUCAGCCCCCACCAGCAGCUCCCUCUGUCAGCCCCUCCUCAGCCUCACUCCCUCCAUCACCUCUCAGAUAAACACAGUCCUCCAGACAGCACCGGACCAGACACCCAGUCCACCUCCUCCAUGAGCUCCUCCCAUCCCCCAAAUGUUCAGAAGCCCCCCAUGCCUCCUGCACAGCCCCACCCUCAACCCUCAGUGCAGCCUCCCAGCAUCCCUCCUUCCCACUCUCAGAGCACCGGGUCCCUCCAGUUCCAGGCCCAUCUGCAGCCUCAGGGCCCCAAUCCAAACAGCCAGAGCCAUGUCCAGGGGCCUGUUCACGGGCUCACCCACAGCCACAGCAUGCCACCACCCUACAAAAUCAACACAGAAGACCUUAACAAGGAGGACGUCAUCUUCUUCUAAACCUCAGUCUGCUGCCCUCAGAUCAACCACUCAUCACCAAAACAAAAGAAUUAUGGGAUGGUUGCUGGUUCAAGAUGUGUCCCACUUCAAAGAGUCUCUUAUUAGUGGUUAUGUGAUGUUGAUGCUUCAUUCAGUGUGUGCAGGUGCAGUGUUGAUUUUAAAUAUCAGCCUCCAAUCCACAAGAGAGUGCAAAGCCUUUGACAUUUUUAACACUGAAACUGCAUAUUUGUUUAUUAAUUUCUCAUUUGAUACCAACAUGUUAAAAGAUGUCGUCUUUGGCAAAACAAAGGCAUCAUGAAGGAGUGUCAGAGUUUUAAAUCGAGUUAAAUCAAUCCAAAGACACGAGUCAUGUGAGCUGAAGGAGAUUUGACUGAAAGGAUCAAUAUGAAGGAGAGAGUGGAGCGUAGAAAGUCAAAGGUGCAUCCUGGCCUCAAAUCUUCACAUGAACACUCUGAACGGUGUUUCAUUUGCACAGUGUAAAUACUUCAUUCCAGACAAAUGAAUGAACUUUAUGGACUAAAUGUGUGCUGUUUGAUUGUUCACUUUUCAUUGUGUUGUUUUCUUAAUCAUUAUAGAAGGCUGAAUAAUUGUAAAACAUUUCGCUGGUUGUGAAACUUUGAUAAGCAAAUUACAAACAAACUUAUUAUUUAUCCAUGCUGUAAGGAUUCUGAAUUUAAACUAAGGGAGCUGUUCUCAGUAUUCACAAUCUCUUCACUAUAUCUUUAAGAGACACCUCUGUUGCUGUUUUAGUGAAACGAUUGUACUGUACAGUACAGUACUGUAAAAUGUCUGAGACAAAGUCGUACAAAAAAAUCACAGCAAGGCCAAAAUGUGCAGAUUAGAGAAAAAAACGUAUAGCAUGAAGUGUUUAUAGUUUUUAAUCAAAAUGAGUUAUACAAAUCAUUCCACUUUGGACCAAUUUUUCACCGGAGUCAGGAAAUUAAAAAGUGUAUUUAUGAAAAUGUUUGAAUUGACACGUUGUCUUACUGAAUGCUGAUUUAUGCAUUGUGAUUUAUUAGUUGGAUCUUAUUUCCUGACAGACGAGUGGUACUGUGACCAGUGCAGUGAUCCUAAAACAAAAUCUGUUGUCUUAAAUUUUAAUGUUUUCUUCAUUUAGAAAUGUAGAGAUGUUCCUUCACUGGUUUAUACAUGAGAACCUUUUGAAGUACAGUGAGUACACUGAUACAUUCAGUGUCUGUAGAGGGAAAAAUGUCAGAAGAGCUUUUCUAUCUUUGACCAAAUACGCUGGUCUCGGAGGCUAAGAUCACCUGCUGGAGUUUAAACUUGGAUUUAUUCUGAGUGUGUUAUUAUGUAUAUUAUUGUACAUACUGUAUGUGAUAUCGUCUGCGCUGACUGUCCUCAUACACAUACCUGUAUUAGGACCAGAACUAUUUUACGCAAAUCAAGAUGCAAAAGGAAGCCAGAAGUGAUUUUGUGCAGACUUGUAAAUAUAUUUGAAAAUACACACAUGGAUGUGUAUGCAGGAUACGGUACGCUUCACCUGGAGAGACCUGCGGCAGUUUAAAGAAAUAUCAAUCAGUCGUUUGUUUAGUGAAGAUGAACUGAAAACAAAGUUGUGCAUAUCUAAUGUUAACAUGUCGAUGUAGCAUUGAAGUGGAGGUUAACUGUAAGUCGUCUUUCUCCUGCAGUUCAUGAUUGAUGUUUCACCGUGAUUAUGUAGCAGUCGUGAAAACGAAACCAUCGGCUGGAUUCAGUUGGUUAAACCAAAGACACAUCUGGCUGACAGGGUUCCUGUCUGUGCGCUCUUAUGAAGGAUAAAUGACACUGUGCUGGUUGUGUGGUCAUCCACAAAAUAUUGUACUUUUCAAAACAUCCUCCAGAGUCUCAACAAAUGUUUUUUUUUUAACAGCACAAUGUAGUCCAGCUCAGAUCCAGCUCAGAUCCAGCUCCAGGUCUUAAGUUUUGGGCUUUGAUGUUUGUUUCUGUAAUUAAAUCUUUUUUUUUACAGAGAAUCAUGUUGAUGUUAAAAGCGGCAUGUUUUUCUACAUUUCACCAAAAAACUAUUCAAACUUAAGGUUCCCUUGCUUGUUGUUUUUUUCUCCAGGUCUUUCAUACUAAUCAUACAGCCUGUCAGAAUAGUUUAACGUGUGACUUACCUAAAAUCCAACAUUGAUAUCAAGUCAAUUAAUACUUUGAAUCAAAUCACACCAGCUGAAUUUCUUGCAUGUCAUGACAAAUCAGCAUCCUCUUCUUAUGAUGACCAUGUGAUGUGGUCACAAUCAUUUCGAUGGAAAAUUAUUUGGGCUUGUUUUGGAGAAACUUGUGUUCUAGGUUGAGCAUGAGCUUUCAUGCUUAAAUUUUGAAGACAUUUCCAAGCAUGUUCAUUUUCCUGUAUUUCUAAGUGUGUCCUCCUUUUCUCCUGAAAGAGAGGAAAACUGAAAAACUGGUGUAAGAGCACUUGAGUUCUGCUCCAGGUACAACAUUCUUGGUAAAGGUCAGCAGAGGAUAUUGGAUGCUGCCUGUUGAUGCCUCUGUUUAGAUCCUUAAAAUGUUUUUAAUCUGUGCUGAUGUUUUUGCUAUUUUAAAACUUGGAAGCUAGUCAGUCGCAUCACUCUGUGUGUCUCUGUGUGCAUGUUUUUUCUGUGAACUCUUGCCAAGUAGCAAAAAAACAAAAACCUGCAGUGGAAACAUUACAGACGGACUUUUUUUUUUUCCAGUUGUUGUGUUUUCUUUUUUGAGACACUCACACACAUGUUGGACCUGUCAUUUGUAAAUAAUCAUCGACUUGUUUUGUUUCCUCGGCCAAUUUUACACUAGUCACUUUGGAUAGUAGCAUACUUGAAGAGGAAAAUGAAUGUUUAUAAUGCUUGUUGUUAUUGUCUGUGAACUUUUAUUUACCAAGAGCUGUCUAAUGAUGUUUUUAGCAACAGCAAGACUGAUUUUUGUACCAUUUUAUUUUAUUCACUGCAACAUGUUAGAACAACCUGUGGACACAAACUGCUGCCUUAGAGAGUGUUUAGUAAUAAAAAAAAAAGUUAACUUAAUUUACUCUGUGUACUUUAUUUCCUUUUAAGUUUUGAAAUCACAGCGGAGAAGCACUUCUUGUUUUGUUGAACUUUUGGGUCAUUGUUGUUCAGACUAAAGUCAAGCGUGCAAACAAUG